GAGGAUGCUGCGGCCGUUGGGGCCGCCGGGACGGCGCUGAGGCGUCGCCGUCCGCGCCGCGGCGCAGCGUAAUCAUGUCUACAAUUCAGAGAAGGAAUCUAGCAAGUUCAUGCUGAGGUAUAUUCUGAAGUCAAGAUACAGCGGCUCAUGUUUUUUUGGCUGAAUAACGACAGUCGGGUAGUAGAUGUCACAGGGAUAAAUUUAUGUAUCUUGCUGACUUGGAAGAGGAAGAAAUGGAGAACGUGAAAGAACAAUAACAUAAUCCAUGGAUAAAGUGGGAAAGAUGUGGAACAAUUUCAAAUACAGGUGCCAGAAUCUCUUCAGUCAUGAAGGUGGAAGCCAAAAUGAAAACGUAGUCGUUAACUCCAGUAGUUGCUCAUCUGCUAAAGACAGAGCUGUCCAGAUAACCAGUUUGGCUCAACAGCGACCCAGCAGCCCUCUGAGAGAAAACAUUGCUUUGCAGUUAGGUUUGAGUCCUUCAAAGAACUCCAUCAGGCGGAACCAAAACUGUGUCACAGAAAUUCCUCAGAUUGUUGAAAUAAGUAUUGAGAAAGAGAAUGACUCAUGUGUCACCACGGGAGCUAGACUUGCUCGAAGGGACUCUUAUUCUCGUCAUGCUCCUUGGGGUGGGAAGAAGAAACAUUCCUGCUCUACCAAAACCCAGAGCUCUUUGGAUACCGAAAAAAGAUUUGGUAGAACGCGAAGUGGUUUGCAGAGGAGAGAGAGGAGGUAUGGAGUGAGUUCUGUACAUGAUAUGGAUGCAGUGUCAAACAGGACAGUAGGCAGCCGUUCUCUGCGACAGCGUCUACAGGAUACUGUUGGACUGUGUUUUCCCGUGCGAACUUACAGCAAGCAGUCCAAACCUCUGUUUUCUAACAAAAGAAAGAUCCAUCUCUCUGAACUAAUGCUUGAGAAAUGCCCUUUUCCUGCAGGCUCAGAUCUGGCUCAGAAGUGGCAUCUGAUUAAACAGCACACAGCUCCCGUCAGUCCGCACUCAACAUUUUUUGAUACAUUUGAUCCUUCCUUGGUUUCCACAGAAGACGAAGAAGACAGGCUGAGAGAGAGACGUAGACUCAGUAUUGAAGAAGGGGUUGAUCCCCCUCCCAAUGCCCAAAUACAUACUUUUGAAGCUACAGCACAGGUUAAUCCGUUAUAUAAACUGGGACCAAAGCUAGCCCCCGGUAUGACUGAGCUGACCGGGGACAAAAAUGCAACUCCUCCAGGAAACUGUGACUCUGAAGAGGACACAACAACACUUUGUCUACAGUCGCGCAGGCAAAAGCAGCGCCAGAUGUCUGGAGAGAGCCACGGCCAUAUCAGCAAGCAGGGGGCUUGGAAGGUGCACACUCAGAUCGAUUACAUCCAUUGCCUCGUGCCAGACUUGCUUCAGAUCACAGGUAACCCGUGUUACUGGGGUGUAAUGGACCGUUACGAAGCAGAAGCACUUCUGGAGGGUAAACCGGAAGGCACUUUUUUGCUCAGGGAUUCUGCACAAGAGGACUACCUCUUCUCUGUGAGCUUCCGUCGUUACAACCGAUCGCUGCAUGCACGCAUUGAGCAGUGGAAUCACAACUUCAGUUUUGAUGCCCACGAUCCCUGUGUGUUUCACUCCUCCACCGUUACAGGGCUUCUGGAACACUACAAAGACCCGAGCUCUUGCAUGUUCUUUGAACCGUUGCUAACUGUAUCUCUGAACAGGACUUUCCCCUUUAGUCUGCAGUAUAUCUGCCGGGCAGUAAUCUGCAGGUGCACUACGUACGAUGGGAUUGAUGACCUUCCAUUACCUUCAAUGUUGCAAGACUUUUUAAAGGAGUAUCACUAUAAACAGAAAGUCAGGGUGCGAUGGCUGGAGCGGGAACCUAUAAAAGCAAAGUGAAAGGAAAUCAGAGUCUCCAGUAAGCUUACACAAUAUGCUUUUCCUUGUGUGUUACAGUUUAACUGCAGCGAACGCACCAACAACGUCUAGCUUUUUUGCAAUAUCCUAUUGAAGCUGAGUGUUAGUAUCCUGUCAGAUGCUGCCUGCUGUUAAUCAAACGAAGUUGUGAUGCCUCUUGGAAACAAUAAGCAGACAAUUCUGCACGUUUUUCAUUAAGGCCUAGUGAAAGUAUUUUUGCUAAUUCCUAAAUAUUGUUUUUAUAGCUGUAGUAAUUGGAUGAAGAAACUAUGAGGCAUUUUCCAUGGAGCAUUCGUGUAAUGCUAAUGAAGAAAGACUGUAUUGGAGGAGCAUUUUUGCUCAUAUUUAAAGUAUUUUUUUAAAAUAUUGUCUUUAAAUAUUUCCACUAUUCAAAGUACUAAUUGAGCUCACAGUUGAGUUUCUGAACAGUAGCAAAUAAGAGUAUUCUGUUUUUAUCAGGAGCGGUUCACAGGAAGCAGGGCUAACCUGCAGUCCAUUAAGAGUUAACGGGCUUUUUUGGAUGCUAGCAGAUGAAUCAUGCUUUUCUCAGUGUAUAGGGUUUCCUAAUGAUUAAGACUUGAAUAUGCCUGCUCAGUACUGUAAUUCUAUUUUAAACACUUGGAGAUUUAAGUGGCAUUGUUAGCAAAAGUAAUGCUGUCUUGGACAGUUGCAUACCUUCCAGCGUGAGUUACUGAUUCAGUGGCAGGACGCAGAAUUGGGUUAUAGCCAUGAAAUGAAAGUUCUUGUAUUUUUCUAAAGCCUAACUACUUGUAAUUUACAAUGGAAGGUAAUAGUAAAGAGAAAAUGUUUGUUUGUUUUUUUUAUUUAAAGUUGUCUGAUAUUUUUAUGGAGAAAAUUACAAUUGGUUGAAUUAUAAUCAGAAUACAAAAUCUGACAUGUCUGAAAUGUCAGAUUUCAAAGGUACUGUUACACUUUAUUUGUAAAUAACUUUCAAUUUGCGCUUUUUAAAAUGUUUUAAAGUAAUAUGCACUGAUAAUAGUUUCAACAGAUUACUUGGAAACAAAAUUCUAAGUUCUGUUUGCUUAUUUAAUUGGAGAUGGAACUUCAUAUGGUUCUGUCUCAGACAUUUUUGCACUAAAAUUUUGUUGGAAUGCCCUGUCCCCUGUUCAAUGUUUUGUACCAAUUAUGAAUGCUCCCUAGUUUCUUUACCAGCUGCUACAGUAUGUUACUACUUACUUCUCUCUGGCAGUGACCUGUGCGAGGUAGGGAACAUUUUGGCUGCAAGUACAAUAAACAUUAUUCUUGUAUGCUACACUAACCCUUCUAUUGAUGUAUUUUUCUGCUUGCUGUGCCUUGUUCUGGCUUUUUGUGCUAAUAAAGUACAGUAUGUUCAGUGUUAUACUUGUAUAUCUGCUGUGUUUUUAUAUAUUCACGUAACUUGUAGCAGUUAACUGAAUUUUUAUUAGGCUUUCUUAGUGUAGGUAAUGCACAAAUACUGUGCAGCUGAGUAUUGGUCAGCACACCGUAUUCUGGGGUUUUGUAAUGUUGUGUAUCAGAAACCUGACAGUGUACAGCAUUGAAUGUUUCUGUAGUCACUACAAAAUAAUGAACUUGUCUGCAGGCAUCCAGCAUUUUGAAGAUUUUGUAAAGUAUCAAUGUUAAGCAAAAAAUAUUCUUAAAACAUUAUUGAUCCCCUGUAAUAGUUGCUGAAUGUGUUUUAGCCUGUUACGUAGCUAACUGCUUAGCUUAAUAUUUUGAUACUCCCCAAUGAGGAAGGAAUGAUUAUUCCUGUAAAUUGACAGUACAGCAGCGGCAUUUGUUCACUUUUAGACUAUUUUAAUAAAUAGAUGUACACGCAAACUGGCCAAAUGUCCUGUUUUUACCAAAGAAUACUGUCAAUUUAUGAUGGGGUGUUUUGUAGUGAAAAACUGCGAGUGGAGAGGUGCAAUUUCUGGUCUAUCAAAUAUUUAACCUGAGCUACGAUAAACCAAAGUAUUUGACAACUUCAUCUGAACUUAAGCAAUGUAUACAUUUGUGUUGGUGGAGCUUGAAACUUUUACGUCAAGGGUGUCAUCAUUUUGUUUCUUGAAUACGUGAUGUAUCUGAAGAAGAAUGAUUUAAAUAAUUUUGUAAUGACUGGAACAGCACUACAUAGAAGCUUAUACUGAAAGGGGUUGAUUUGAAGCACCCAGAAAGCACUUUAAAAUGUGUUUAUAUGCUCGUGGAAAAUCUGUGAUCUGGUUAUACAUUCUUUGUAGUAGGUUAUCUUCUUUCGUAUGUGUUAAGACUUCAGCUGUUACGGUGAAACUUUGUAUGUAAAUACCAAGUUUAUGUAAGUAUGUGUACAAAUGUGCUAAUGGUCACUUCAGUUUUAAAUUGUGUGUGUCCUUGGAUAUGCAGCUCCUGGUUUAAAACUACUCUAGGCAUAGAAAGAGGAAAAAAUUCACCAGCAUGAAAGUGCACCUAAGUGUCCCUUCAUUGUAUCGUUCUCACUGUUCCCUUGAUCAGAUCUGAAUUCCAGAUGAGUUUACUUUAAAUCUUGCUUUUAGUAGUAGCAGCACACAGUUUAACCUGCAGCCAAGUUUCGUCCCAACGUAAGGACCUGUCUUUUGUUUACAACAGUUGCAGUAUUGCUAGUCAUAAACUGGCUGAUGAGAUCCUAGCUUUGACGUUAUCAGUGUGGUCAGGAAUACACAUUCAUUUAAGAUUUUUGUGUAGUAAAUAUUUAGAGGAAAAAAAAUUAAAAAACAACUGAAACCUUAACCUCACAAGAUUUGUAUUUGUGUAAAUGGUCUUUAUGGAGAGGAUUUAUUGCUCCCUUGAGAGAGACAGACACAAGAAUGAUUCUAUAUAUUCCUCUACAACUGUUUUAAAGCUUUGCUUCACUGAAAUAUACAGAAUAACUUGCUCGUGUGCCUAUGUUAAAAAUUAUGUAAACGUAAUUUAAAAGUAUAAUAGACUUGAGUGUUAGCUGCUCACGUUGCAGAAUAUUUUUCUAAUUGAUGACUUCAGUUCUAAAGUCACUGAAACGUUGGUAUGUUGAGAAUGCAAGUACUUGACUCCUUUGAGGACUCUAGUUUAACUUUGGCAUUCUGAUUUUGUGUAGAAAAUGUUGUAAAUGCCCUCAUCAAAAUAUGUGUGCAAACAACUGGUUUUUUUUCUUACUGUAGGAUUCAAUGUAAUAAGGUAUGCUUGCAUGAUUCUAAUCUAAUCUGCUUACGUGACAGACAGGUAUUUAAUAAUCAUGUGAAGUAUUCAUUGGAGGUGACUCUUAUCUCUGUAGAAAGGGCUAUAGGUAGGAUUUACUCAGUGAAAUUAUUUUGCAAAAACCUUGCCAGGAGAUUUUGCCAUUGUUUAAAAGAACAGGUGCUAUGAGGGAACUCAGAUCUUUGAAUACUUAGCACAACUUGGUGGUUUUGUUACAUAUAAACAUGUGCAUCAUAAGACAUUAGGAAGUCAGCAGCAGAUCUACUUUACCAAAAGAUGGAAAUUGUGGUAAUCAGAAUUUCCAUUUUACGUUAACCCAACAUCGGAAAAUUAUUGAGUUAGUAAUUGUUGCUAUUGAAAUGAGAAUGUGUGGGGAGUUUGCUCUAUUACUGGGUCAUUGUAGAAGACCAUUUCAGUUAUUAAAAAAAAAAAAGUUGGGCAUUAAAUCUAAAUCUUUUUUAGAAGUCUUUUCAUAUCCCCAUGGAACUGGAGAAAUGUAGUCUAUUGACAAUAGCUGAGGGUCUUUUGUUGUUGGUUUUGGAUCAGUUUUGUUAAGGAUGUAGGCAGUUGAGGUCCAAAUAAUUUUCUUGUCAGAAUGAAACUUCUCUUAAGAAAAUAAAUUGCAAAGCCAUCUUCUGACAUUUAUGUAUUUAAAUUUUUGUUUGAUGACUUUGUGCUUAUGAAGGGGUAGUCUUUAACUUAGAAGCAUACAGUCUUUGAAAGAUCUGUGUGUGUAUCCAGUAUCUCUUCUAUGCUAGACUUCAUACCGACAAUCAUUUAUAUUGCAAAGUCUAUAUUUAAGAUUCUGCAUCAUUUGGAAACAAAGAAAGAUUCUGCAUUUCAUUAGUAUAAAACCUGUUUGCUUUAGUCUCCAUAUGCAAGCCAGGCUUCUACAAAAUAUUUGCAGAAUGCUUUGGAGCCUAUAUUUGCUGUGAAAUUGCAUGCAAGACUGACACUGUAAAGUCAAGAGGUGCUGAGUACUGUACAGAGAUGAAUGCAGGCAGCGUGCAUCUUCUUCUCAAAGAUAACUUGAAAUACAGUGUUUAAUAGAAACAUACUAGCUGAUUUUUCUGUUAGUUGUUCUAAAAUCACUGUCUGUCUCAUUUUAAAAACAAUUCACAUUUAAAGUAAUGAAAGUACUUCUAACUCUUAUUUUCCUAAAGUAUUUUUGUGAGAUUACUUAUGUGCCAAAUCUUGGUCUACACAAAUCUGCAUUGCCCAUAGAUAAUGUGUGUGUCAGUAAGAUGCCUCCAAGCACAUGUGCAUUGGUGGUCUUUAUUGAAGCUUCCCAAAGUACAUUGAUAUGGUGAGCAUUAAUAUAUUGGAAUUUAAAAAAAUCUCUUUAACUUCCUGCCUGCAUCGCAUACGCUCCAAAUAGAGAAAGGCUGUGUUCUUUUUGUCUUCACCUGUAAUUGCAUGUUGUGGCCAACGGCUUGGUCUGUGUUUGCUGCUGUUGCCACACUACCGCUAUAAGCAGUUUUCUACAGACUGUGGCUGAAGGAGAUUUUUUUUGUUCAUAAUUGCUUUUCUAAAAAAAAAAUAGGAAGGAUAGAAAUUGAUUGGCUUUUAAAGUGCUAACUCUUCCAAAACACGUUGUAACACAGCUGCUCUCCCUUUUCACAGUGACAUGAAGAAUCAUUUAGCUUGACCGUUGGUUGCACCUGCCAAAUGCGCUUGACUUAAGAUGUCUGUAUUUUAUGCAGCUUUAUUAUUUUCCAUUAAAAAUACUACUGAUGACAACUUUGAGGAGGAAAUAGCUUGAUGUCUUAACAUUAAGAUGCUUAAAGCGAAUGUUACACAGUGAGGUAAUGAUCUGUUGAGGAUUCUUUUUUAAGAGUAGUUACCUCUUUUGCUAUGUCUUAAGACUUAAAAAGAAGUUGUCUCUUGAUGUUACGUUUAGAGAAUGGAAAUAAACCUGUUCUUUCCCUUAAUUUGCUUGCAUGUUGCCAUACUGAUUCAAAUCUGGUAUUUCAAUGAAGCAUUGCCAUUUUUCUUAUUUUUAUACAAUAUUCCGUUUUCAGAAGUUGUAUAUGAAUGGGACAUGAGUGCAAUGAAGUGUCUGUACAUUCAUUGUUACCCAGGUAACUAUUGUAUAUAUACACUCUUCAAGCUGAAGAAAUGUUCACUUUGUAAAUUCGCAUUAAAACUCCAGCCGUUAAUCAGAUAGGUUUCUUGGGGCCAACACAAUGCAUUUAUGAGCUGAAGCUGAAGGUGCUUGACCUUUUUUUUCCCCCAUCUUUGGUAGAAAGGAAAAAAUACAUACUUGUGUAUGUAUGAUGUAGGUUAUGUGGCAGAUUGACUCGUUAAGCACACAGCUACAUGGACAAGCAGAGACAUACCUGAACUUGCUUCUGUGGAAUAAAGGAAGCUCUGAUUUCCCAGCAGGAGUUACAGCAUGGUGGCAUGCUGGCAAAGAGGAGGCAGAAUUAGGUUUUGCUCUUAAAACUUUGGAGAAGCCGUUCAGUUGCACACUGUGUGCUUCUUGUCUGAUACGGUAUGUUAUUACAGUCCUGAGAAUUUUAAUAGCUUUUGAAAGGUGCAAAAGUUCUUGACUGCUUUUUCUUGACUUGUCACUUCUUGCUGUCAUACUGUAGCUUUGAAAAAGCAUGGUGAGAGAAAUUUAUUAAAAAUUAGUAUGUGUAGUCACUAACUGUAUAAGCUCUACUUUGUAAUAUCGUUAUGCAGAUGUCAAAUUCUUACGUGAUUAUAUUUAAACUGUUUUGGGAGAAUGAAUAAUAACACUGUGGACACAAAUGAAUUCAGAUUGCACUAUAAACUUACUUACCAGAAGCCUUCAUUCUUACAAAACUAUGCGAUCCCUGCACAGGAAACUGUAGCUUUGGUGUUUCAGUUGUUGGUAGGUGUCCAGAAGAGCGGCACCCAGACAGUCCCUGGACCCAUUCCCGACAUUCCAGCUGAAGGGGCCCUGGCAGGCCUGCAGGGCACUCGAGGAGUUGGCUCUUGAGUGUGCCAGCAGCACUCGGCUGCUGUGUGCCGUGAUGGCACUGUCCCGGUGCCGUCUCCGUGUGCGAUAGUGCUGCGCUGGGUCACACGGGCUUAGGUGGUUCUUGACCCUCUGCAGCUUCCAUGUGUCUCCAUGCCGCCCAACUUGUCUUUGUUAACCGGUUGCCAAACUGUCUUGCAUCUUAAUAGUGAGAAAAUAAUGUGAUCUAUAGCUAUCCGAUUGGUGUAUUAAGUAAUAGAUGCCUCUGUCUUAAUAAAUGGGGUAUAAACUAC